GAGAACUGGAUGUCUACCCCUGUGAAGAACAAGACAGUGUACGAAUGCGUGAAGGAGCAUUUUUUGAAAUUAAUGGCAGGUGAACCUACUGACGGCGCUGCUGCUUCGCACAGAAAGGUAAUAAAUCCACAAGAUGAGGAAUAUAUCAAGCAGGAUGAGCAUCAACAAGAAAACUCUGUACAUAGAAGAGUGAAAAGGCAAGAACCGCCUGAAGCAGAGAGUGGAGAAGGCGAAGGAUCAGGUACGUACUUCUGUUGGUUGCAUGCAUAA